ACCUUGUCCAGGUUUCCUUGGGUUGCCAGGCCUUCGGUCCAGAGAGUGGCCGCCCCAUGGCGUGGGCCUGGUUCUGACCCUUGGGGACACCCCACCCCCCAAAAAGAAAAAGGGACAAAACCCCAAGAGGAAAAGGGACCCCAAGGCAAAAGCAGCCCGUCGGUGGCAACAAGAAAAAGUCAAUAAUAAUAAUAAUAGAGAAGGAGAACCCUAUGGCUGGGAAACUGUUCCCCGAAACCUACAUCGGCGACUCGGAGGAUGUGUCCAAAAAGAGCCCCCCGGGGAAGAAACCCUUGGCCCCCCAAAGAGAGAUCAAGUCCGCCAGCCCCCCUCCCGGCGCGGAAAAGAAGUCCGACUUAGAGGAAACCAAGGAGGUGCCCUCUGAAUGCCAAGGCGCCCCUUUGGGAGACGUAGAGCGAGCUGAGGAAGAGCCGGCGGGACCCGCACCCAGGACCCGGCCCCAGGAAGAGCCCGAGUCGCCCUCGGCGGGUUUGCUGGAGUCGACAAAACCAGCCAGUGCGGGGCUUGGGGAAAGUGAAGACAACGGCAAGGCCCCCCCGGAGACCCCCAGCAAGACCCCCGAGGCUGUGGAAGGGCUUUGGCCUCCCCCCGGAGACAACACCGAGGAACGCCUGGAGCCCCGAGUGAGCGAGGUCUCUCUGAUCAACAGCUUCGGCUCAGAGGCCAAGCGGCGACCCAGCCUCCCGGCCAAGGCCCCGCCGCACCCCGAGGGCCCCAGGUGCGAGUCCUGCCCCUCCGCGGGCUUCUUCCCUUGCUACCGGACCUACGGCGAGUUCCCCCGCUGCCCCCCAGAGGCCCCAACCACCCGCCGCGAUGCCGGGGUCCAGUGCGACGGCUGCCCGGAGGCGGAGAAGCGCGGCCCGGAGGCCAACAAUAACUCCAAAGAGGGGAAGGCCCCGUCCCCGAGGACCCGGCCCCACGGAGGGGCCCGUCCCGGGUCGGGCCGCCCGAGGCCGCAAGACCCGGCGGGAGUCAAGAGCGACGGCCGCGCCACACCCGGGAGCUCCCCGACGAGGUCAGGGGUGAAACUCGGGGUCAGUUCCAGCCAGCGGUCCAGCCCGGAAUCUGUGUUGCCAUUGCCACCGCCGCCGCAAAGUCGGAAGUCGCUCCAAAAAACGAAGCAUCGGAUCUCGCCGACGGACCUGAACUCCACGGAGCUGAAGCCGUUGCUCUCGAACCCGAGUCCGGAGGAGAAAACCAGGCCUCUGCCUGCGGCGGGGGCGGCAGCAGGAGAGAGUCGGCAGGCCAGGCCCGCCAAGCAUCACGAGGCGGUCCCGCGGCCCAGCAGCAGCCCGGCCUCGUCCCCCCGGGAGCCCCGCUCGACCCCGUCCCGCCUGAGCCUCCACUCCUUGGUGUCGUGGGUGUGGAGGAUCUUCCGCAAGCCGGGCUCGCCCCAGCCGGGCCCCAGCCGCCAGGGCACCCCACCAGCCGCCACGCCCCCCAGGAUCCCGCUGGGCAGCCGCCUCCGCCUCUGGAUGGCCCGCCGCAACGUCCGCGUCCGCCCGGUGCCUUGACCCCCAGCCAGGCCAAGAAAAGGGACGGGGUAUUUUUCAGAAACCAAUCCUUCCCAUUAAAAAACAUCCGCUUCCCUCUUC